CUGGCCAAGGCCGACAUCCCCGCCCCCCUCUUCGUCACCGAGAGACCCAACCACGCACACGAGAAGGUGCGGGAUGAGGACCUGUCUCAGUGGGACACCUUGGUGGUCAUGGCUGGGGAUGGGCUGCUGUACGAGGUGGUGAACGGGCUGAUGGAGCGGCCGGACUGGGAGGACAUGAUGAAGAAGCCGCUGUGCAUCCUGCCCGCGGGCUCCGGGAACGCCCUGGCUGCCUCCAUCAACCACUACGCAGGCAACGAUCACGUCGUCAAGAAGAAACUGCUGAUGAACUGCUCCUUCAUCCUGUGCAAGAGGCUGCACACGCAGAUGGACCUGGUCUCGCUGAGCACGGCCUCUGGCAGGCGCCUCUUCUCCUUCCUGGGCUUCGGCUGGGGCUUCAUCUCGGACGUGGACAUCGACAGCGAGAAGUACCGCGGGCUGGGCAGCGCCCGCUUCACCCUGGGCACCCUGCAGUGCCUGGCCAAGCUGCGGGUCUACCAGGGCCGCCUAUCCUACCUGCCCGUGUGCCCCGAGCAGGGGAACCCCCCGUUUUAG